AUGACUCUCGCUGGCGCCCAACGCCGUCAGAUCUUGACGGUGUUAAUGACCUCACUGCUCCUGGACCUGAUCUCCUUCACCUUCAUCCUCCCGCUCUUCCCAUCGUUAUUGUCCUUCUACCACGCCCAAGACCCUUCCCCCGACUCAUUCCUCAACCGCAUCUUCCAUUACCUGAACGCGUACAAGAACUCCUUCGCGCGCCCCAUCGACUCGCAAUAUGACAUCGUCCUCCUCGGCGGCGCCCUGGGCUCGCUUUUCUCCUUGCUUCAGGCUAUCGCCGCCCCCGUCAUUGGGCGCUUGUCAGACCGUGUCGGUCGUAAACGCACUCUUCUCUACUCGCUGAUUGGCAACAUCUGGAGCGUCACACUCUGGGUCGCUGCUAUUGAUUUCCGGACUUUCCUUGCGAGCCGUGUUGUUGGCGGUUUGAGCGAGGGGAAUGUCCAGCUGGCGAAUGCCAUUGCCGCUGAUAUCAGUGAUGAGUCCCACCGCGGCGCGACUAUGGCGCUCGUUGGUGCUUGCUUCAGCAUCGCAUUUACAUUCGGUCCUGCUCUCGGUGCGGCGCUCUCGUCUGUCAAGAUCGUUGAGGCCAAUCCGUUCAUCGUGGCGGCAAGUGUCUCUCUGGCACUGAUUCUGGCCGAAUUUGUCUUUGUCUAUGUGUGUUUACCCGAGACACAUCCUCGAUUUACUACUCUCCGCGAAGGAGACCCAGUGUCGUGGAUUCAUUGCAAAAAAUCUCCGGCGGAGAUACGAACCCAAGUUCAGGCCCAGACCCCAAACCAGGAGAACAAGCCCAAGGACAAGUCUUCUGCUCAACUCAGUGCGACCAAACAUACCAACAACCCAUCCUUCCUGAACGCAGUGCACUUCCUCUUCCUAGUCCCCUUCUCCGGCCUAGAAUUCUCCCUUCCAUUUUUGACAGCCACCCUCUACGCCAACACAACAACCGCCGGCAGUCCCGCCGCACUGAAUGGCCGUCUCCUCUCACUGAUGGGCCUAAUCGCCUCCCUGUUACAGGGCACAGCCGUGCGCCGUCUACCGCCACUUCUGACAGUGCGCGCUGGAGUAGUUGCCUGCGCCAUCUCCUUCUUCCUCCUUGCCCGCGUUUCCUCAAUUGCAGGCCUUUAUGCCGCCGGUAGCUUGUUGGCCGUUACAUCUGCCACGGUCGUAACGGGACUCAAUAGUCUCGGCAGCUUCGAGGCCCGCGACGCCGACCGCGGCGCUGUCAUGGGCCGGCUGCGUGGCUGGGGACAGGCUGGCCGCGCGACUGGACCGAUUGUGUUUUGUUCGUUGUACUGGUGGGCUGGACGCCAUGCUGCUUAUACUGCUGGCGGGGCGGCUAUGGUGGCUGUUGCUGGUGCAGUGUUUAUUUUAUUGAAGUCUCCUGUUCCGGAAAAGAGGAGCGAGAAAAAGGCUUAG